AUGGAAAAAAGGGGUUGUCAGAUGGUGAGUCUGAUGGAUGCAUCUAUCAAUUCAGUGUUUUCAUGUCAAUGGCCGAGGAAGAAAGGACAAGUACUACAGAGUGGAGGAGCCAACGGCUCUAUUGUAGGCAAGCCACAGGACAUCCAGAUCACUUUUCUACAACUUCAACUUGAGGUGUUACUCAUCAGGGAGGAAGUGAAUACAGACCAGCAUGAGCUCAAGGAAAGUCUGCAUCGGGAGAUGGAUGCCAUGAGUCGGGAGGUCGACGAUGUAAGGGCAGGUGUGUUGGAGAUGUCCUAUUUGACGGAUGACUUGAGGAUCCAUUUUUAUUCCUUCUAUCCAGCGUAUAUUACGGCACCGACUAACAUUGCUAAGAUGAAGAAGAUACUUGCUGUUACAAGUGUAUUCUGA